AUGUUAGAGCUGGAACAUCGUCGAGGUCGAGUGCAUGGUGCCCGACCUCUUGCCGCGCGUGCCGACCGCGGCAAGAUUCUGCCCACCGACAAGUUCAUCGAGGGCCUCGCCGGCGGCCAACACCGCCUGCCGAAGAACGUCCUGGUCCAUACGCUCACCGGCGACUUCCCGCCGCCGGGCGCCGUCUCCAUCGACGUGAGCGACAGCGAUUUCGUGCUGGAGCCGGACCCGGCGACGCUCACCCUCGUGCCCUGGUACAACGAGCCCACCGCCCAGGUGAUCGCCGAUUGCGUGCUGCGGGACGGCGGGCAUUCGCCCUUCUAUUCCCGCCGCGUGCUCGCGCGCUUGCUGGAACGUUACGUCGAGCGCGGCUGGCACCCGGUCAUCGCACCGGAGAUCGAGUUCUACCUGGUCGAGAAGAACACCGACCCGGACCAGCCGCUCAAGCCGCCCAUCGGCGCCUCCGGCCGGCGCGAGGCGGGCGCCAGGAGCUUCGCUUCGGCGCGAGCAAGCCGUUCAACGUCGGCUGGGGUUACGACAACCGCAUCGCGGGCCUGCGUGUGCCGGGACGCGCCGCCCCGGAACCGCCGGGUCGAGAACCGCCUGCCGGGCUCCGACACGAACCCCUACCUCACCAUCGCCGCCACGCUCGCUGCCGGCUAUCUCGGCAUGACCGAGGCGCUGGAGCCCUCGCCCCCGGUCGAAGGCGAAGAGACCGGCGCCUUCGAGACACUGCCGCUCGACCUCAGGACCGCGCUCGAGCAGUUCGAGAUCCUCGGACGAAGCCCGCGCCAUGUUCGGCGAGCGCUUCGUCAGGGCUUCACCGAGGUGGUGCAGGCCGAGUACGACGCCUAUCUGCGCGUCGUGAGCUCCUGGGAGCGCAAGUUCCUCCUCCUCGCCGUCUGA